AUGAAGCCCUCAGUUCUCAUCGUCCCCGGCGCCUGGCAACUGCCCUCUGCCUUCCAGCCAUUUGCCACUGAGCUGGCCGGUGCCGACUUUUCAGCCUCCAUCGUUGCCCUCCCCACAGUCGGCGGCACCACCACCCCCUUGGCCACUCUUUCUGACGACGUUGCGGCCGUGCGCACUGAGCUGGACAAGCUCGUCGGCGAUGGCAAGGAGGUCGUCGUUUACUCCCACUCCUAUGGCGGUGUUGUCGCUAGCAACGCCGUCGAGGGCUACGACGUCAAGUCUCGUUCCGCAGCUGGCAACUCUGGCGGUGUUGUGAGCAUCGUCUACGCCAGCGCCUUCAUGCUGCCCAAGGGAGCUAGUCUUCUUGACCUUCUCGGCGGUCAACCUCUGCCCUGGAUGGUUGUUGAGGAGGACCGUGUGGUUGGCAAUGCCACCAUGCUGCCCGAGGUUGGUUUCAACGACCUCCCCGCCUCCGAGCAGGAGAAGUGGGCUAAGGAGAUGACCUGGACUUCUCUGAGCGCAUUUACCACCGCUUCUGGCUACGAGCCCUGGAACAACGGCUUCGACUGCUCCUACUUGUUCGCCACCCUUGAUAAUGCCCUUCCUCUUAGCUACCAGCAGAGCAUGGCUGCCGUACUCCCCGAGGGUUCCAAGACCGAGAGCGAGCCCAGCGGUCACUGUGCUCACCUCAGUCGCCCUGCAAACGUAACGUCCAUCCUCAGCAAGUGGUACCCCGGAAACUAG